AUGAUUCCUUACAGUGCCGACAUCAAAUACAAAACCCUCAAAUUUUUGGGUGGAGGUAUGGACGGCAUUGCAGUUCUUGCAGUUCCCAAAUCUGGUGAACAAAAGCUGGACUCGUGUAUAGCCCUGAAGCUUUUGAUUGACGACAAGACUACUUCCGUCUCCAAAGAACUGCUCAUACAGCUGAAAGGUAUGCAGAGCAAAGAAGACCACCUUAUAGCCGCAGUGUAUGACUACCAGCCCAUCGAACAUCCUGAAUGGCACUGUAUGGCAUACAUACCAGGUUGCAGUAUCGAACAACUACUAAGGAGGGAUGACUUUCAGGACGGAAUGUCACCUACUGUUAUACUCCACGUUCUUUCAGAGCUUAUCCGCGUCCAAGAGCAUCUGCGAGCGAACAAGCUAACCCACACCGAUCUUGGUGCGGGUGGUAAUGUCAUGCUUAGCAACAACGGCAACGAUGCAUGGCCUUGUGUAACACUAGUCGACUUCAGCGGGAUUUUGUCCUACAGCAAGCCCAAGGAAGCAAAGAAUGUCUUCCAAUUGGUCUCGAGCAUGACAAUGGACCAAGAAGCCGUUCCGGAGUGUUGGAAAUUAUCCACCUUUCAGGCCCACGAUGUGACGACUGCAGACGAGGUGUACAAGGAAUGUAAUCGCCUGCAGUAUUCAUGGGACGAAGAGCUAUUACAAGGGCUGUGGGAGUUCUGUCGCGAGAAAACCAAAGGUUUGAAGCAGCGCUUGAGAGAUGAUGUGGCACUUCAGAAACUGAGCAAGGUACUCGACACCGCAGGGACUACUGAGCAAGACGUGGAGAGACUGGUAAAGACACCUGAAUACACAAUGGAAGUGCAGCGAUUCGAUGCGACUUCAAAGUAG